CCAGCGCGGUGGGCGGAGCCAAGCCGGAGAAGCGCGACUUUAGGCCUAGUUCUCAGGCGGGCCAAUGGCAAAGGCGGGAGAGGUGCUGGGGCGAGCGUAGAGGUCGGCGUUGGAGAUCCGUGCUGUCCCAGUGUUGAGGGCGCUCGCUCGCCUUACGCGCGAGCCUCCUCCAAAGGCUCUCCCUAAAAACAAUAGGUAAAUAAUGUGGCUGUUCCCUCUGCUUCACUGGCUCCCUGUAGAACAGCAAGGGGCACCUGCUCACGAGGAGUGGUUCCCGUGGCGCCGGCCUGAACAGACCUGGUAUCGCUUGAACACAGCCACGCUUUUAGAAACGGACUACCACGAACGAACGUGGACUCAACCAGUGAGCAGAGAUGUGUGCUCUUGUGGGUGCUGCAGUUAACACGCGUGUGUACACAUUACCUUUUGAAUUCCUCGGAUCUCAGUCCCUUAUGUGAGAAUCCCGUACAAGGUCUUAGAGGUACCUCCGUGUUAUCCACAAUAGAGGAAGGCCAGUACUGUAUGAAGUUCAUAGACACGAAGAACCAGAUUUCCUGGGUUUGCCUCAGCGAAAUGAGGGCACACAUAAGAUCUUGUCAGAAGUAUAUAGAUAAGUAUGGACCGCUGCAGGAACUUGGGGAGACGGCAACCAGGUUUGUUUCGACACACCACGUUUCAAGUGCCAGCAGACGUAUACGGCUACUAGCUCCUGGAGCGAACAGCACAGAUGGAAGGGACAAAUGCCCCUCAGAUACACUGUUCUGUCCACUUUGCCGUUUACUACCUAAUGAGAAUCCAGGCAGCUUUAGUGGCAGUUUAAUAAGACAUUUGCAAGUCAAUCAUACUUUGUUUUAUGAUGAUUUCAUAGAUUUUAAUAUAAUUGAGGAAGCUCUUAUCCGAAGGGUCUUAGACCGGUCACUUCUGGAAUAUGUGAAUCACUCAAACACCACAUAAUUUUAUUAAAAGGAAAGGAAAGGAAAGGAGACCAUACAAUUGCACCAUUUGUUAAGAUGCUGCUUGAACAAUUGGAGGGGAAUUGGCAAUGUUCGAUGGGCAAAAAUGUACAACACUGUUAUACGUUUGUCCAUGUUUAUUGUUAUAUUGCGUUUUAAAACUGCUUUCAUUUUGAUGGCUUAAAUCUGUUUUACAUUCUUGAGUUUUUUAGACACUUAACAACAAAAAAUAGUCUCCGUCAGCCCUUAAUAUAUGGAAGAGAAUAUAAGGCCGGAUAUGUAGGUGAGGGAUCUUUCUUUGCAAAUUGGAUGAUACUGUGUGUAAUGCUACAUAUUAAUAACUACUGUCAUGGUUGAGCAAGAUAACUAAUCUUUGUUCUAUGUAAAAAGAUGGAAAGUGAAACCAAGUGUGGACAUUCAAGGAAAUAUGAAAUCUGUUCUAGUGCUUAUCUAAUCUCUAAUAGAAUAUUAUGAGUAGCCUUGUAUCAGAGUAGGAGAGGAAAAUUUUGGAAGUCAAGAAAGUCCACUUAACCAAAUUGUAAAACAUAAUACUGUAACAAAAUAAAUUUUGUGUUAGGAAUGUAUACUUAAUUCUUUGGCUUUUUAUAACUAUGCACAAUAAGAAUUUAAUAUUUUUCAAAUAUUUGUAGCUUAUUAUUUAGAAAUAUUUCUAUAGUAUAGGCAAUUUCUUAAGAACCUUCAACUGAUAUUUAUAGUAGAAGUGUUCACAUCCAUAAUUUUUAGUGAAAAACCCUAAGGGCUUUCAUUUUUAAAAAAUUUUUUUCCUUUAGAAAAAAACACAAAAUAUAAAUACUGAAAACCAAACAAAACAUAGGUCCUUACAUCAUGAUAAGGAAACACUGUUUUAGAACUCUGCCAGCCACUCUGGUUGUCCUCUGUGUGUCCAGUCACAGUUAUCAACCCUCUUCCCGAAUUCCACAGAAGUAACCACUACAGUGAUACCCAUUGUAACCACUUCCUUGUGUUUCUUUAUUAGUACCCAAGUGUGUAUCUCUAUAUACUGUGUUUUAAUCGUAUCCAUUUAAAAUUGUUUUAUUGGCUACAUCUUCUACAUCUUUUUAAUCUGUAGGUUCUCCCUUCUUUCUUUUCCUUAGGAUUUACUGAAGAACUUGGUGUCGUGGCCUAUAGAGUUUCCCACAGUCUGUAUUUUGCUGAUUGUGUAGUCAUGGUGCAAUUCAGCACGUUCUUUCCUCUGGAUAUUGACACAUGGAUCCAGAUGUUUGAAUAGACUCAGGUCCAGUCCUUUUUGGCAAGACUAUAGGUCAUGGUGUGUUCUUUCAUUAGAGGGCACACAAUGUCUUGCUCUCCCUAUUUGUGAUGUCAGCUGAAAUUGAUACUCAAUGCCUACAUCCAUUGAUUUUUGAGUUGGAGGAUAUUCUAAUUCUAUCAUUUCUCUUUCAUUUAUUAGUUGGAACACUUUGAUAAAGACUUGUUCCCCCGCAUCUAGUAUUUGGUUAACCCCUGGUCAAGUUUGUACAGGAAAGAAAAAGUAAAUAUUUGUAUUUUCCUUUCAUUUAUUAAUUUUCAAGGUAAUAAACUUGCUUCCUAUUACCUUCUAGAUAGCACUUCUUUUUUUCAGUGUUAUGAACUCAUGGAUUCAAACAUAUUUGAUAGGCUUCAACCCAUUUCAAAUAUUACCUUAUUGAAGUCCAAAUUGUCCCAUCUUUGGCCAUUGGGAGCCUCAGACCAUUGCCUCUGAGUCAUUUUGACACUACACUAGCUGUCUUUAUUAGCUUCCUUGCUAUCCCAGAAGACAAGAUACUCCAGGCUCAACUUUUGUGUUUCCUGCCUCAGACCUGGAAUGAGCCAUUUCUCUAAGAAGCUUGGUUACUUUCAGUGAGAAAUGGUAUUUCAAAACCAUAACCAGGGCUCUAAGGAGGCUCAUUGCUAUUAGAUUGGCCAUUGUUUCUAGGAGAGAGGUAGGAAAUCUCUAUUUUUUUUAAUAAGAUAAAACACUUUGUGAGUUUAUUGUGAAACUUCCAAAUCAAAUUGAGUACUACAGAGUUUUUACUUAUUCCUUUCUAUUACAACUGUGUUGCCAUUUUCUAGACUGAGAAUCCUGGUUUUCAAGGACACAGAGCAUGAUAGAGUUAGAAUAUCCCACAAUUAUUCAUUUCCUUUAUUUACCUUACACAGGCAGCAGCCACAGAAUAACAAUGUAAUAACAACCAUCACCAGUAUGAUAACUGAAUCAAUUAAAAUUUUUUCAUUUGCUCUUCCCUUUCUCUAUUUCUAAAAGUCAUACUAUGUCAGCAUUUCCAGAACAUAUUUGUAGAACAUACUAUACUCUCUUCCUUCUAUCCCUCAUAUAGUCUUAGUUCUUCAAAUAACAAUAUAUUCAGUGCUUGCUACUAGUGUUUAUCUGAUGGCUCUAUUUUUCAUAUCUGGCUCUUGAAUGACGAAUCCAGGAUGUAGAAUGACGUCUCUGUACUGUAAGCAAGCAAAGGAAGCUAUGAAGACUCGUGAUAACAACUGAGGAUAAAAUAUUUGGCUGUAGUUAGCUUUUUAAUUGUCAUCACUUACGAACUUUGUUCCUUACACAUAAAUGUAGUCAUAAUCACGGUGCCACCAAUUUUUUAUAAUAAAUUAUUUAUUCCUUCUUUAAAGAUUUUCUUACUAUUCUGCCAUCCACUGUGAGGUAAUUAGAAAAACGUAAAACCAGACAAAAUCUAGAGGGCCUUAUUCCCUCCCUUUUAGACACUAGUUUCAAGCUUGCUUUUCACAGCUGCAGACAAAUAAGAACAGAUUUUUAGUUUCACAAGCUCUUGUCCUGCAAUUUGGAUGGGUCAUCCAAUAAAGCAAAACCCGCUGGACAACAAGUGCAAAAAGAGAGGAAUUUUUCAGAGAUAAUCAAACUGAAAAUCUAGUCCCUAAAAAAUAAAACAAUAUAUUUUUGAGCAUCAGGACUGACCAUCCAGAAAAUAAAUCUUCGUUAGUUCAGAGCAACACAAAAGGCAUCUUUAAGUCUGUAAAACUUGAAAAAACUUUAAAACCUGGAUUUUAAGUAAAGCUUUCAAAAGUCAUCUACCACUAUUAACCUCAGUGCAGCAAUUCUGCAGCCUGUCCCUGGAUUCCUCUUAGGAUAAUUUUGCCACCUACAGGACAAAUGGGGUGCUGGCCGCCUGAAUUAUUUUGCCUUCUGAAUUAUUUUGAGUUCUAAAAUGGUGAAGUGCAAAUACUCAUUGUUUUCACGGUGCCUUUAACCUUUUAUAAAAAGGAAUUUAUAAUUCAUUGUUUUAAAAAAUGAAAACCAUAAAUCAAACCAUCAUACUGUACACCUUAAACCUUAUACACUGAUCUGUGUCAACUAUUUCUCAAUAAAGCGGGGGGGGGGCCAUAAUGAAAACCAGUAUUUGCAGCUGUUGACUACUAACAAAAAAGUUUCACUCACUUUCUUUAUAGCGCCUCAAGAUGCAUUUUUUUCCAAGGCCUUAUAAGGGAAAAACUGAUUGACAUGUUAUUCUUUAAAAGCUAAAGUCUUCUUAACCAACAAAAACCUAUGGAGAUUUUCCUUCAUGUACUUUUUCACCCAAGUUUCUAAAAUGUAGGUUGAAAAAUUGGAUAGUGAAUCUAUGAUAAACAAAGCUUCAGAUCAGAUCUCCUAAGAGAUCCUGUCUCCAGUGUUGUUGCUUCAUUUCUUUUCCUGGUGCUAGGUCUCUUUCAUUUUGAAUUGAGGUUAAUCCAGUUAUUAAAAGUUUAUGAUAUCAUCAUUUGUACCUUUGGACAUUGAAGUUAUUUUAAAAAGUCACUAAGAGAGUUCUUUUAUUAUUCAAUUGCAGCAACAAAUCUGUUUAAUGAUCGGAAUUUAAAAUGUACAUUUCUUUUCCUUCUGUAAAUAUGUAUUAUUGUUAGAAAUAAAGAAUGGCAGGACCAUUGCUUUCAUUAAAAUAUCCAGUGUCUGUUCUUAAA